GGGGCGAGCCCCGGCAGCGUCCGCGGUAACUUGCCAUGGCGAUGGGCAGCGGCGGUGCAGGCUCCGAGCAGGAGGACGCGGUGCUGUUCCGACGUGGCACCGGCCAGAGUGAUGAUUCUGACAUUUGGGAUGAUACGGCAUUGAUAAAAGCUUAUGAUAAAGCUGUGGCUUCCUUUAAGCAUGCUCUGAAGAAUGGUGACGUUUGUGACACUUCAGAUAAGCCAAAAGGCACAGCCAGAAGAAAACCUGCUAAGAAGAAUAAAAACCAAAAGAAGAGUGCCACACCUCCCUUAAAACAGUGGAAAGUUGGUGACAAAUGUUCUGCCAUUUGGUCAGAAGAUGGCUGUGUUUACCCAGCUACCGUUACUUCCAUUGAUUUCAAGAGAGAAACCUGUGUUGUGGUUUAUACUGGAUAUGGAAACAGAGAGGAGCAAAAUCUGUCUGACCUCCUUUCCCCAACCUGUGAAGUAGCUAAUCAUGCAGAACAGAGCACUCAGGGUAAGGUGGUGAAUAUGUCCAUUCCUGAAGGCGGAGACUAA